GAAGAAGAAUUGCGUUGAACUGGGACGCGGUUCCUAUUGACUUCUUCUUCCAUUCUCUCAUUCUCUUGCAUUUUUGCCGAUCUCUAUUUCUUUUUCCGUCACUAUCAAUUUCCAUUCUCAAUUUCUUUACCGAUCGCUUUGCUUCAACAAACUGUCCGAUUAAUCGAAAUCCAUCUCACUGGCAUUGGAGAAAUAGUUUCUGUAACUGUCAAACAAACAUUGAUCCAAGUUGAGAGUUUUAGUUUUGAUCUCAUUUUUUGCGUAUUGGAACGAGAGAGAGAGAGAGAGAGAGAGGCCGGGGGAGGCAAGGGCGGUGAUGUCGUGGCUUAGAGCAGCGGUGAUCAGGGCGGUGGAAGCAGGUGCCGGAGGGAAGGAUAAUAUCACCCGCACUGUCCGUAACGUUGCCGGCACCGUCGUUUACCAUGCAGGAAAUGCUGUUGUGGAGGGCGCCAAGAUCAUUCAAGAUCGCAUUGGACCGAGGAAUAUGCAGGGCUUCAAACAGACAGUAAAAAGGCUGGAAGAAAUAUCUGUUUCAUCUAGAGGCAUAGAAAGAGUUCAGUUAUUGAGAAGGUGGCUAGUUGCGCUCAAAGAGGUGGAUAGAUUUUCACUAGGUUCAAUCGAGGGUGGUAAAAAUAGUCCGACAGAUCAGCUUAAUGAGGAAAAUAAAGAUUCUCCGAAAAAACCUACAUUGGUCUAUUAUGUGGACCCAGAUAUGGGAGGUGAGCUAAAAACUUUUCGUGAUGUAUUUCUCACAAGCCAAGCUCUAGAAGGCAUUACGUUGUCUAUGAUUCUCGAAGAACCUAAUGACGAAGAAGAAUCACUACUUCUAGAAAUUUAUGGGCUCUGUCUUUCAGGAGGAAAGGAAGUACGUCAAGCGGUAAUGACGAGUGUACACAAUUUGGCAAAAGCAUUUUCAGAAUACCAAGAUGAAAUAUUGGUAAAACGAGAAGAAUUGCUCCAAUAUGUCCAAGAUGCAAUUGCUGGGCUGAAAAUAAAUGCUGAUUUUGAUAGAAUAGAUGCUAAAGCAUGUAGUUUGAAAGAAACACUUGAUGAAAAUCAUGAGGAGCUGCCACUUUCGAGAGAAGACCAAGAUAACACAUCUGAUGGUGAAACUAGAGCUUCUAAGAUUCUACAAGAAAUACUUUCACAAGUUCAAUUAUGCUCUAAGUUGGAGGAGCUCCUACUAAAGAAGAAGCUUUUCAAUGAUGGGGAUUCUCCACAGCUUCAUGCUGAAAAGGUUGAGAAACUGAGAAUUUUAUCGGAAUCUUUGGCCAAUUCCACCUUAAAAGCUGAAAAGCGUAUUGUAGACCACAGAGAGCAGAAGGAGGAGGCACUCAACUUUCGGGUAGCUAAGUCCAAGGAAAUGGUCCAAGCUGAGAAGGAAUUGACAGAUGAUAUUGGAGAACUUGAAAACCAAAAGGAUCGACUGGAGGCUGAAUUGAAAAAGGUCAACACUUUGCUCUCUGCUGCCCGGAUGCGCCUUCAUAAUGCAAGAGAAGAAAGAGAGCACUUUGAUGAAGCGAGUAACCAGAUACUUGUGCACUUGAAGACAAAGGAAGAUGAGCUGUUCAAAUCCGUUGCUUCAUAUAAAGUAGAAGCCGGUGCUGUAAAUGCAUGUAAAAACUUUUUAGAGCAUACAUGGAACCUCCAGAUAUCCCAAAGACAAUUGAAGGAGGAGCAUGUCGAUGGUGAGCUGGAAAAAUAUGGAGAUUAUUUUGUGAAGUUGGUCAUCAGCCUUCUCUCUUCUUACAAGGGAAAAUUGGAGCCCGCACUUUCUUGCAUCAGAAAACUUGAGGAGAACUUGAGUUCGAUGAAAGAGUCAGAUGUCUCACCCGAUAUAGAUGAUAGAAGUUUAAAUGUCCAUAAACAACGAAGAAAGCUUGAAGAGGAAUACUUGGAUAUGGAAUCCAAGUUUGUUUCCACCUUAAGCACUGUGGAUACAGUAAGAAUGCAAUUCUAUGAAACAAAAGGAGUUGUCAGGAAUCUUGACGAGAAGGUACAAGAGACAUUUGAUGCGCUUGAAAAAAUAAAACAAGAAUUUGAAUCCAUCAAGAGACCAAAAUUGAUGAUUGAAACCGUUAGGCGAAAACCAGAGUUACCCAUCAAUGAAAAGCCACAUAUAGAAAAUUCAAAUCCAAGUUUCACAUCGGAACAAACUGCCAAAGUUCGAAAACUAAAUUUCGAAGAAAUCGACGAAUCAUUAGCAAAACAAACAAAGAAUUUCAGCAUGGAAGCAGAAAUGGCAAAACUAGAUUCGGAUGGAAGGAGUAGAUACAAUUGACUCAAAUGAGGAGAUAAAUGACUGGGAAUUUGAUGAACUUGGAAGAGACUACGAGACAACAUCCAACCACCAAAAAAGAUAAAACUUCCAUCCUGGUAUGUCAAUGUUUAAUUAAUGUUUAUAAUUCAAUUCUUUAAAAAUUGCAAGAAAAAGAACUAUGCAUUAUUAAAAUUAUUAUGAUGGACCUGAGAUAGAAAAAUGCUAUUAUUUACAUGAAAGAUUCCUGAAGCAAUAAUACAAGUGAAAAUUUUUCUUAUGGAUGAAA